GCAGCCUGGGUAGUUCUGCCUGUAUCUUCGCCUUCUUUAUGAAACCAACCAGGCCACAAUGAUAGUACCUUUGUUAUUUUUGCUAUAUAUACUAAUCCUACUGUCUUCUACUGAAGCUGACGACGUGGUCGUCACAACAAAUCUCGGCAAACUGCGCGGGAAAUUGCAGACGUACGACAAUGGCAACGUAUCGGUGUAUUUGGGAAUACAUUACGCUAAAGCACCUGUGGCAGAAUUGCGCUUUAGAAAACCAGUCGCCAUCGGUGCAUGGUCGGGUAUUCUGAACGCGACGCAGUACGGACCAGCCUGUUCCCAGUCCUCACGGACAUCCAUGAGCGAGGACUGUCUUGUGUUAAACAUAUACGUCCCCGAGACCCGCCAUACCAAGGCGGUGAUGGUGUGGAUACACGGCGGAGGUUACGUCGCUGGACAAGGGACGACUAACGGGGCACCAUUAGCUCUCGUCGGCGACGUCAUUGUCGUUGGCAUCAACUACAGACUAGACGUCUUCGGCUUCAUCUCUACAGGUGACUCGUCAUCUCGAGGAAACUAUGGCCUCUGGGAUCAGCUAAUGGCGCUAAGAUUUAUAAAAGAUAAUAUUGCAUCGUUUGGCGGAGAUCCACAGAAGAUUACGAUAUUUGGUGAAUCCGCUGGUGGAUAUAGUGUUGGGCUUCUUAUUCUAAGUCCACAAAGCAAGGGUUUGUUCCAUCGUGCCAUAUGUCAAAGUGGAGUUGGUAUUAGCCCCAGGACUCUUGCGUUUGAUGCCGUGAGGUUUACUCAAGAUUUAAGCGACAGACUCAACUGCACAGUUCUCGAUUCACAAGGACGACUAGACACAAUUUCCUUCAUGAAAUGUCUCCGAAAUCAACCUGCACGGAAGAUACUAGACGCAUCUGUAAACGUUCGAAAAGCGAAGAACCUGGCAUGGAGACUGAAAAUGGCUCCUGUGGUUGACGGAAAACUAAUUCCUGCAGAUCCACGCCAUUUAAUAACUCCUAGCAACCAGUUCUACAACCCAAUGGUUGAUAUCGAUCUAAUGGCAGGUGUUCUUAAUGGUGACGGUGUACUCAUACUAUGGCCAUUGACGAAAUUCCAAAAGCAGUUGGGGUUUAACGUAAAAGAUGGCAUUCCAGCACGAGUAUUCUGUGAGAACAUCUCCACAAGUAUAGCGGUAGACUACUUCCCCACAGAAAAAGGACACGUAGCCCAGAGGCUGUGCCAGCAAUAUUCCAGCAAACGGUACUCGGACAGCGAACAGGCUAGACAAGUCGUUAACAUGUAUGGCGACAUGAUGUUCGCCGCCCCAACACUGCGAACACUUCAGGCCCACGCAAGACACAGCAACAAGAAGACAACUUACCACUACGUGUUCUCCCAUCAGAGAGUUAACGCACGGCCACCUUGGUUUCGAGGUGCCAAACACGCCGAGGAACUAGAGUUUGUAUUCGGUUAUACAAGUGCCCGCAAUACCACGCUAGCCAAACAGAUGAUGAGAUAUUGGACCAAUUUUGCUAAAUUUGGCAAUCCUAAUGGAGAAAUGGGCUCGACAAAAGUCGCGUGGCAACCUUUUGACGAGACACAACGAGCUUACUUGAACCUGGACGACAUCAUAACACCGGGCUAUAAUCUGUGGUCUCAACGGAUGGUAUUCUGGCUGACGUUAAGCAGACGCAAAAACAGCGAUCCUCAACUCUCGACCCCUACAUCUCGUGCAGUGUCGUCUACGUGCAUGCACAAACCCCUUCCCCUAUGGGUAGCUGGCUUCUAUUUUGCCAAGAUGGGUUUAUUUAUUUAAAAGCACCACAUCACCAGCCUGCAGUGACACUUUAUUUUAUUAUUAUGUUAGCCAUACUGGAAUUAUAGACAGAAACACAAGGUAUAGGUACUUGUACAACGCCUGUCCAGAACGGAAUAUUUUUUAUUAAUGUAAAACUUUUCCCAUGACAAGUUCAGUUCAGCAGUCGACCUAAUCGUACGAGACCCCCCCCUCCAGUGCUGGAGCAAAAACUCAAAUUUGGACAAAAAUUAUUGAGAUAUUCGAGCAAAAUGUACUAACCUGAUACCUUUUCAUCAUUGUACCCUCAAAAUUAGUUGUAAUCCAUGUAAAAUGCGUAGUGAUUUGUUUGCAACCAUAUAUAGCUGUUUGGUUAUAAUGCUAAUAUGAAUAAAUGUUGGUAUCCUGA